AGCUGCACGGCGCUCGUCGGCGGCGCGGUGACGCGGGGAGCCAUGAAGAAGAUCCCUGCUGUGGGCCUGGGCACUUGGAAGGCCUUGCCAGGAGAAGUGACCAAUGCUGUGAAGAUAGCCAUUGACAUGGGGUACCGGCACUUCGACUGUGCUUAUCUGUACCACAAUGAGAACGAGAUUGGAGAAGCAAUCUCCUCCAAGAUCCAGCAGGGCGUCGUGAAACGAGAAGAACUGUUCGUGACCAGUAAGCUCUGGUGCACCCACCACAGCAAGUCCUCAGUAGAGUCGGCAUGUACCAAGAGUCUGGAGGCUUUGAAGUUGGAUUACCUGGAUCUCUACCUCAUACACUGGCCCAUGGGUUUCCAGUCUGGAGACAAAGACUUACCUUUGGAUGACAAUGGCAUGGUUAUACCCAGUGACACGAACUUCCUGGAUACCUGGGAGGCCAUGGAGGACCUGGUGGUCACAGGCCUGGUCAAAGCCAUCGGCGUGUCCAACUUCAACAGUGAACAACUUGACAUGCUUUUGAAUAAGCCUAAUUUGAGGUUCAAGCCAUUGACCAACCAGAUUGAAUGCCACCCGUAUCUUACUCAGGAGAAACUGAUUCAUUUCUGCCAAGACAGAGAUGUAUGUGUCACUGCAUACCGCCCUCUGGGUGGCUCAAGUGAGGGGGUGGAGUUGAUGGAGGACCCCGUGAUCCAGAGGAUCGCCAAGGAGCAUAAGAAGUCUCCUUCACAAAUUUUGAUCCGAUUUCAGAUACAGCGGAAAGUGAUCGCGAUUCCCAAAUCUGUCACCCCACGUCAUAUUAAAGAGAAUAUAAAGGUAUUUGAUUUUGAAUUAACAGAGCAAGAUAUGAAUGACCUCUUGGCUCUAAACAAGAAUCUCCGCCUGGCCACCUUGCCUAUAAGUAAAAAUCACAAAGAUUAUCCCUUCCACAUUGAGUACUGAAGAUGGCUUCCACCCUCAUUUCUGCUCAGCACAGACAAAUUGCAAAGCUUGAGUCAUUGGCCAGGUAGAGCCUAGUUCUCUGACAAACCAGAGGGACUGACUGUGUUCUCAGUGUUAGAAAGACAUAAGUGGUCAUGAGGAAACGUGGCCACAAACUCCAGGGAUCCACGAAGGAGUAAAGUCUGUAAAACCCAACAGGGUACUGGGAUUUCUAUGAGUCCAUCUAUGUGGCCACUACAUUGAAGAAGAAUAUCGGUGAUUGACAAAUUAAAUUUGCCUUUGCAUUUUAAGGAAAUAACUGAGUUAUGGAAUUAUACAAGAGUUGAAAAGAAUAAUCAUGAUCCCUCGCUUCAAUAGGCUAUCCAUCUAGAACCAUUAUGUUUUACCUUCCUUCCCCCCUCCCCCACCCCAUCCCCCACACACACUGCCAGUGACUCAUAGAUGAUCUUAAAGCAAAAUCUGCCUGCACACCUCAAAAGGAAAGCUGUGACUGUUCACGUCAAGGACUCUGUUUACGGCAUAGGAACUAAAACAAGAAGUGGUCUAGAAUUCAGGUUUCGACUGUUCCAGCCAGGCCCCCAAAUGAUCAGGGGGGCGCUUGAAUAGCGUUUCAAGGUCAAAAGUGAAUUGGAACGAGUAGGCAAAUUUGAAAGCAUGGCAUUCCUGCAUAAUGAGAAUCAAUCAUUUGCAUUUCAUGGAUUUCCUCAACCUACACAAAAACUGUCCGUUAACUCAGCCACCAGGUGGCGCAUGGGACCACCUAUUGCAAAAGGCACAAUCACUGCACCUGUGAAAUCAUUGUAAAAAGCCAACAGGUAACAAAAUUAGGAAAACUUAAAGAGUUUCCUAGAGCUUAUACAGUCACACUUCUUAUCAGUAGUUGCUAAUUCCCUUUGCAAAUGGUAAUUAAGUGCUCUGUUUAUUUUCGUUGAAUUCUGAAAUUGGAGUUCACAAAGCUCUUCUUUCCCUUGGUCUCUUCAGGUAAUGUGAUUUCUAUGUAUGUUCUUCUCCCCUGCUCUGGGAUCUGCUGGAGCACAUUCCGCAAAGGAAAGACAGACAGCUAGAACCCUUUUAAGCAUCUUCCUAUGUCAAUUGGCUUGUUUUUCUGAUGGCUUUUAAGACUGGCAGUUACUCAUCUUAAUACAUACUUAUCCCCUACUGGGCACUUUAUUACUUUACAAGUAUAAAAGUACCAAGAUUAAAUAGCAAUUAAAGGCAUAAAACCAUGGAAGAAGACAACUUAAGAAGGUAUGAGUUGAUGAUACUCAAUGCAUGUAGUUGUAUGUGGACACACAUUAAGGUAUUUUCCCUGUGUGGGACAUAUUGAUACAAGAUACAGCCAUCGUCAGGAUCUGCCUGCCUUACUUGUGAUAACAACCUGGCCAUUUCAAGUGCCCCCACUUCGUAAUUCAGUCUGUUGCAUGCAUGAUGCCUGCUCUGGAAAAUGUUAUCUGAGGAGAGCAAGGUCAUGUAGGCAUGGACUCCUUUGUGAAGUUAAACUGUAUUUCUCCCGAUACCAUUAUCAAAACUAAAGGCAUGAAUUUAUCUCUCUUAUAGAGAAUGUAUCUCUUAUAAGACCUGGCACAGGGACUUGCUCAUGAUAAACUGUGUACUUCGAACUCUCCAAACCAUUAAGGGGGAUCCCAUAUCAGUUUCCUGUGGCUGUUGCAACAUUACCACCAGUUUAGUUGCUAAAUAAAUCCUUCACUUGUUUUCUUUUCAAGUUGCAGGGCUCAAAGUCUGAACUCUGUUGUUUAUAGGGUUGUGUCCUUCUGGAGGACUUAGAGUGAUUUUAUUGUCAUACUUUUUCUUGUUUGUGGGUGUGACCAACAUUCUUUUGACUGAGGAAAACAGUGUUGACUUCUUGCUCAGUCAAAGCCUAAACCUUGCCAGUUCUUAGCUUGGUACUAAGAUAAAAGUGUAGGGUCAAAUCUGUAAAACUAUGAAACAGACUCCUUAAUACAAUGUCUGAUAUGUAAGGUCGCUUAGAUUUUUCCUUUGUUACAACUAAGCAAUUUAGGGUAACUCUGAAAACUGGACAGUUGCAAGUUUUCCCUGUCUUGAACAUUACCAAACAUUAAUAAACCUGUAAGUCUAUUUCCCCAAACAGCAAAAGACCAAUGUGUUGUUAUACAAAUAGACACUAGCCCCCAAUUUCCUUGAACAGAGGCAAAUUCCUUAAACUAUCCGGGAACUGAGUACCUCCACCUCUUCCUUACAACAACCGUAGGUAGGAUAUGUCAAAUUAUCUAUUUAAUGCAAGGAAGUUGAUACCAACUCUUUCUGUCCCUGUCUCUUUCUCUGUGUGUGUGCGCGCACCUCUCCUUGGUUUCUGUAUGCUAGUCAUAUCCUUCAAACUUAAUGAAGUGAUAUGUAUAAUUCUAGCAAUUGUCAAUUGCUUAGUUUUUCAUUUGUUGUAAGUUUCAUUUGUUGUAAUUGCUUGAUAUAAUAUUUUAUGGUGAUUGCUAUAAAAUCAUGUGCAAAUAAUGAUUCAUAUAGCCGUAUGUGACCACCCCUUUUUUUAAAUUCAUUUUGAGACUUUUUUCCCAUGUUCUUGAUGUAAUAAAUUUCAUUGACAUCUGGA